AUGAGCAGCCUCCAGCAAGUAGUUCGAAGCGCGGUGCAAGCAUCUCCAAGGAAUACCUUGGCACGCCUCUGUUGUUGGGAUACUGCUUCCUGGCGAGCUUCUUCACGCAGUCUUGUGCCGUCCAUUCACUGGCGUCCAGUUCACACUCGGCCACCUCUCAAUGCUCAAGCAACUGUUUCUCAGUCCAAAUCUCAGGAUGGGAAUCAACAUGAUUCGUCAAAUCCUGCCAUGUCGUUCCCCUGUCUCGAUGCAUUGGAGGCCAAAUCUGCUGCUCUGUCAAGGAGGUCACUUUCAUCUGGACCAGAACCGUCAUAUACAGUUGGGAAACAUGAACUGUUUACCUCAAAACGUGAUAUUCUACUGGAUUGGGGUGGUAUAUUGCCCGAGUUCGAGAUUGCUUACGAGACUUGGGGUACGUUGAAUGCAGACAAGAGUAAUGCUAUACUGCUUCAUACUGGUCUCUCGGCUUCGAGUCAUGCGCAUAGUACAAAGGCAAACCCGCAGCCAGGAUGGUGGGAGAAAUUCAUUGGAUCGGGAGCUCCAUUAGAUACGGACAAACAUUUUAUCAUCUGUACAAAUGUAAUUGGAGGCUGCUACGGAAGCACUGGCCCCUCCUCCAUUGAUCCAUCCGACGGGAAACGGUACGCCACCAGAUUCCCCAUCCUGACUCUAAAUGAUAUGGUUCGAGCGCAGUUUCGGCUUCUGGAUCAUUUGGAAAUCUCAAAGCUAUAUGCUUCCGUUGGUGCCAGCAUGGGUGGAAUGCAGAGCUUAGCCGCGGGAGUACUCUUCCCCGAGAGAGUGGACAAGAUAAUCAGUAUCAGUGGUUGCGCAAGGAGUCAUCCAUAUAGCAUUGCUAUGCGCCACACGCAACGUCAAGUCCUAAUGAUGGACCCUAAUUGGGCUCGGGGAUUCUAUUAUGACUCAAUCCCUCCUCAUUCAGGCAUGAAGCUCGCCCGAGAGAUUGCCACUGUCACCUACCGUAGCGGACCAGAGUGGGAGAAACGAUUUGGCAGAAAGAGAGCAGAUGCAAGCAAGAAUCCGGCACUGUGUCCUGAUUUCCUAAUCGAGACAUACCUUGACCAUGCGGGUGAGAAGUUCUCUUUGGAAUAUGAUUCAAACAGUCUUCUAUACAUAUCCAAGGCCAUGGACCUUUUUGAUCUUGGGCUAUCACAGCAACAGGCGACACUUAAACGUCGGUUGGAAAACGAGAAAUUAAUUUCCUCUCGCGGAAACCGGUCAGCUCAAGAUAAUGCAUCUUGCAGCCUGACUCUACCGUCGAAACCCUAUGAAGAACAGCCAUCUACUGCUGAAAAUUUCCAGGGUACUGGCGGUCCUCCAUCUGUACAGCCAGAAUCCAUCACCUCCUCCGGACCGCCAAUGGAUUUAGUUAAUGGCCUCUCUCCGCUAAAGAACCACCUUAUUCUUGUCAUGGGAGUAGCAAGUGACAUUUUAUUCCCCGCCUGGCAGCAGCGAGAAAUUGCAGAAUCGCUCCAAGCUGCUGGAAGUAAGGUUGUCGAGCAUGUCGAGCUAAGUGAAGAUGUAUCCCACUUUGGACACGAUACCUUCCUUUUGGAUUUGAAAAACAUUGGAGGCCCUGUGAAGAACUUUCUUGGGUGAUGAUAUCCAUACUU